AUGUCGGUUACGUUGCAGACGACGUUGGGCGAUAUCAAAAUCGAAUUGUACUGCGACUUAUGUCCGAAGACGUGUGAAAAUUUCUUGGCAUUGUGUGCAAGCAAUUACUACGAUAAUUGCAUUUUUCAUCGUAAUAUCAAGGAUUUUAUGGUACAAACUGGUGAUCCAACUGGUACAGGUAAAGGAGGUGACAGCAUUUGGGGUGGCCCGAUUGAAGACGAAUUAAACACUGCCUUGAAGCACGACGCCAGGGGCGUUGUGUCUAUGGCUGGUAACGGCCCAAAUACAAGUCGAUCACAAUUUUUCAUCACGUACGGAAAGCACCCAACAUUGGACUUGAAAUAUACGAUUUUUGGACGUGUAAUAGACGGAUUUGACGUACUGGACGAGUUGGAGAAAGUUAAAGUUGACGCUAAAUAUCGACCAGUUGUUGAACAGAAAAUUCGGAAUGUUAUCAUCCAUUCUAAUCCGGUUGCCGACAUGGCAACCAGUUCUUAA